CCUGGCCCUAGUGUUUCAAAAAUGCACAAAUGGUGGACUGUUCAACACCAGAUUUUAGAAACAGGCCUCUCUUUCGGCUGUCUCACUGUUCAGGUUGACAGAUUUAAAUUAGCGCAGCAAGUUUCCUGUUUGAGACUGAAUAGAACAGAGGGGGUGUACAGGGGAUUAAGUGGUGGUAAAGUGGUAGGCUUGACCACAGUAACAGAUCAGUGGGCCAUCACAGACACAUUCAUGUAGCGGCUCUGACAAGCUGCUGUGUUCAGAAAUUAAGAGGUCAAAAGGUGACUCACUGACUGCUGUACAGCCGCUACUUUCUUCAUGGGGACUGCUCAUCUGCUCAAACUGCUAAGCUUGUUUACGGGUAUCUCAGUGCUCCAGCAGGUCAGAAGCUGGAGUAUCACACUACCAAAAACAGUUACCGCAGUGGAGGGGAGCUGUGUUGUGGUGCCAUGUCAGACACAACCUCAUUCCCGGGUCAUCUGGUACCAGUACCAUGACAUAAAUUACCCUGUAGUAUUUGAUGGACUUCACCCUCAUGCAACAGUACAACAGUUCAAAGGACGCACCUCAGUACUGGGUAAAGCUGCAGAGGGUAACUGCACCCUGAGGAUUAAUGAUGUGACAAGAGCAGACAACGUUCAAAUUUAUGUUUGGAUCAACCCAGACUCUAAAACAACUCAGAAAUUCCAUUAUCAAACUGUAACUAUCUUAGUAGAGAAAAAAGCUCCCACAAUCUCCAUUCAGAAGCAAAUAGUGGAUGGGGAACUUUUCCAAGCUAUCUGCAGUGUGUACUUCUCCUGCCCUUUCUCACCCCCAUCAAUUGAGUGGAGUCAAUUUCUGGAAAACUCCAAUGUAACAGCUAAAAUGGAGAAAGUCCAAGGGCAAUGGUUGUACACAGUGACACUGCAGAGGCUAGCAACAUAUACAAUGCAUGACAGAAAAAUACAUUGUUGUGCAAAAUUCAGAACUUUCAGCACAGAAAGUCAACAAAUAAUACUCAGCAUUUUAUAUAAACCUGUGACUGUGACCCUGAUGACUGAAAAAGAACCGGUAAUGGAGGGUGACAACGUUAUCAUGGAGUGUGCCGCUAACUGUAACCCACCACCACACAAGUACUCGUGGCUCAAAAGACAGAUGGGUCAGAUCACAAACGUAACUUCACCUCAGAGUAAAAUGUUCUUCAGCAACAUUACGCGAGAUACUUCUUUCUCCUGCAUCGCUCACAAUGACAUUGGAGCCGGGCAGUCCGACUGGUUGGAUCUGGAUGUUCAAUAUAUUCCAGUUAUUCUACCUGAGUCCUCCUGCAACCUGACAGGGGAAGUUCUGAAGUGUGUGUGCCAGGCUGAAGCGUCCCCUAAUGCUUCUUUAUACUGGACCAUUGAUGGAAAUGACACUCUGCCAUCCUCCUUCAGCUUUUUCUCCACAAACAAGAAAAAUGUGGUCUCUGGAGUACUGAGUGGCUCAGCUACAAGCCAGUCUAAUAUAUCUUGCACUGCCACCAACUCCUUGGGCAGCAGCACCAAACAGCUUUCUAUAGAAAGCUUGUCAAAAACAUCCUCUUUGUUCAUGUGGUUGAUACCUUUAAUACUCUUGGGUAUUGCUUUGCUGUUUGGAUGUGCGAUGUUAAUUUACAGAAAAUAUUAUAGAAACAGACGAACACCGGGCUUUACGUGCAGCAUUAUGCUUUCAAGGUCACAAAGUGUCCAACAAGAAUACCACAUUCCUGAAAGAUCACAAGAUGAAAACACACAAUCAAGACCAUGCAGACCGGAGAGUAACCCUGAGGUAGACUGUGUUUAUGAUAAUGAUAUUGCGGUAGAAAUGCAACAACAGCACCAGAACAAUGCAACAGCAAGAGGAGGCCUAACUCAGCCAAAGGGUGUGUACUGCAACAUGAGUGACUAUCUGAACUGCUGAUCAGAGGAUAUCUGCUGCUGCUCUCACAUAGAUCAUGGCGGUGGUGGUGAGGAGUGAGGUUAUUCUCUCAGUUUACAUCAUUACCUUCCUGAUAGGCCUGCCAGCGAACCUCCUGGCUCUCUAUGCCUUCAGUGUUAAGAUCCACUCCAAGCCACUACCAACAGACAUCCUGCUACUCAACCUGACUGUCUCUGACCUGCUCUUUUUGAUCAUCCUCCCUCUCAAGAUGCAUGAGGCGGCGUCAAGCAUGAAAUGGACUUUGCCCGACUUCCUGUGCUCCAUCACCUCCUUCACCUUCUUCUCCACAAUCUACACCAGCUCAUUGCUGCUGAUGGCAGUCAGUGUGGUUCGCUACAUCGGGGUAGCUUUUCCUAUCGCCUAUCAUCAGCUGCAGAAACCUGUGUACGCAAUAGUUAUCAGUGCUGUUAUUUGGCUGAUCUCAGCUGCACACUGCAGCAUUACUUUCAUUACCCAGCACCACCCCUCCUUGGCCAGCAACGAUGCCAGCGUGUGCUAUGAGAACUUCACAACAAAGCAGUUGGACAUCCUCCUCCCAGUACGUUUGGAAUUUUUCUUUGUGCUCUGCCUUAUACCUCUUCUCAUUUGUGUUUACUGCUACAUGCGCUGCAUCUUGAUCCUGUACAGCCGUCCUAGGAUAUCCCGGAUGCAGAAGCAGAAGGCCAUUGGCAUGGCGUCGGGGACUCUAGCUGUGUUUCUCAUUUGUGUGCUGCCAUACAAUGUGUCUCAUUUAGUGGGUUACUUCCAGGGUGAGAGCCCAAGAUGGAGGUACUACACCCUGCUACUUAGCACCUUCAACACCUGUAUUGAUCCCAUCAUCUUUUACUUUUCCUCCUCAACUUUCCACUGCAAUAGUGAAAAGUCAAUUUUCAGGAAGCGUAUAAUCGCUGUUUCAGGAGUACAAAAACAGGCAACGAGCUCUGGCUGAGAGCAAAAUACACUUUCAAUACAAUAUGUCCAUAUCUAGAUUCAAUAUUAGUCUUGCACUGUAUAUUAGUAGUACAGAUGUUAUCAGAAUGUGUAAUGCUGUACAGACUGUUUUAACAAUUCAGUUCAUUUAUAAAAUAAUGUCUCAUAUCUAGUAGGAAUGCACAGAUACCACUUUUUUUCCGACCAAUACAAGUACACGUACUUACAUUUGGGUACUUGCCAAAACCGAGUACUGAUAUGAGUACAGUUCUACUUUGAAAACAUGUUUUAUUUUCAUCAGAUGUUCCUCACUUUCUGAACAAAUUAAAUGUCGUUAAUGUUGUAAAAGUUGCUAAAACAAUAUCUCCAAACUGUUGGCAUUGUUUCUCCUCCUCCACCUCCUACUCCUCCUCCUCCUCCUCCUCCUCCUCCUCCUCCUCUUACAUAAUGUAACCCUGCCAUGAAGUUGUAGUGCAGUACAAUUGCAUUAGCAUAGUAUAAUCCCUGAUAUCUGGGUUGGCCACUGAGUAAAAUAAUAUUUUGUUAAGGGUAAUCUGAUCCUACUUAAAGGGACUGAGCUGCAAACACUGCAAACCAUUGUACAUAAUUUUAUGACAAAACCACAAGACAUGUUUGGUGCAUAUGCAAAAUUCCAACUUUUAUUAUUUUACAGUAAAUUCUCUAAUGGGAAUUGCUAUCCUUUGCACCCUUGACACAUUAUUUCCUGUUUAUAUUAACGUGGGCCAGCCACUCUUCUGCACUCAUGCAUUCUGUAGGCACACAUGUAGAAUAUACCUGCAAAGCAAAACAUAGGUCAGCUAUAAAGUGGUAUGACGUUUAAUUACCACAAAAGCCAUUUAUGUAGGACACAGAUAUUUAAAGUACAAAACAAUGGCACAAUUACUAUUGCACAGUUACUUGUUUUUUGAUGGCAAGACAAAUUUCUUCUCCUUUCUAUUUCUUAUCUUGUUUAUAUACAUUUUACUGAUGUGUAAAUAUAAAGUGAACAUUUUCAUGAAUGCAAAGCUGAUGAGACUGUACUAACUCAUAAUAAAGAGUUGCAACUUUAGGAAUAAGUGUAAAUAAAUAAAAAUUGUGACAAAAUAAAAGCAUGACAGCAUUGUA